AAGUGGGUCUUCUCUCUCCCAUUCUGGACUGCCCCUUCCCACCAAUUUGGUUGGCUCCCAUGCUGGAAAUACGUCAUCUACACGCGCCACCCGGAAGCCGCGGUUCAUACAGUUAUUGCCGGUGGACCUAAGGAGCCCAUCAUGGCGACACCCCCCAAACGGCGGGCUUUGGAUACUGUGGGAGAGAAAGUGCUGCGGUACGAGGCCUUUAUCAGUGACGUACUGCAGCGAGACUUGCAAAAGGUGCUGGAUCAUCGAGACAAGGUAUAUGAGCAGCUGUCUGUAUACCUUCAACUGAGAAAUGUCAUUGAGCGACUCCAGGAAACUAAUCACUCGGACUUAUAUAUGCAGGUGGAUUUGGGCUGUAACUUCUUCGUUGACACAGUGGUCCCAGAUACUUCACGCAUCUAUGUGGCCCUGGGAUAUGGUUUUUUCCUGGAGUUGACACUGGCUGAAGCUCUCAAGUUCAUUGACCGAAAGAGUUCUCUCCUCACAGAGCUCAGCGACAGCCUCACCAAGGACUCCAUGAAUAUCAAGGCCCAUAUCCACAUGAUGCUAGAGGGACUUAGAGAACUACAAGGCCUGCAGAAUUUCCCAGAGCCAUCUCCCCAUUGACUGCUUCUUCCCAUCUAAUAUUAAAGAGCCGAAUGUCUUGGAA